UGUAGAGCUGGAAGAUGGAUUUUCUUUAAGCAGAGCCUGUCUCUCCACAAUGCUUAUUUGUUUUUAACGUUAUUUACACAUUGCCUUCUUGGGGCAGUGUACAUCUCUUUCCCACCCCGCUCUCUGCAAAGCAAGGAAGAGACUAUCAAAGCUGCUCAAGAAAACAUCAAGCAGAGGCCUGUCGGAACUGGGGAGGAAAAAAAGAAGCCACGUGGGCGUUGAGUUCCGGAGUCCUUUGCAGGAAGGGGGAAACCCAGCGGCUGAAAACAGAAGAGGUGAAAUUUGACUCUUUCUUUGGCGCGAGGGAGCCAUGGCUGUUGCUGCAGGGAGUCCCGUGCAAGAUCUCUGCGACGAAGCCACUUGCUCCAUCUGCCUGGAGUAUUUCAAGGAUCCAGUGACCACCGCAGAGUGCGGGCACAACUUCUGCCGGUCCUGCCUGGUCCAGUGUUGUGGGGCGAGAGGCAGGCAGGCUUCCUGCCCUCAGUGCAGAAAAACAGUCCAGAAAGGGAAUCUCAUCCCAAACCGGCAACUGGCUCACCUUGUGGAAUUGAUCAAGAAGCUCAGUCUCGAAAGGGUGGAGGAGGAAGGACGGAAGGGGGGAGUCUGUGAGAAGCACCAGGAGCCCCUGAACCUCUUCUGCGAUGACCACGAAAGUCCAAUCUGUGUGGUGUGUGAGAAAUCCAAGAUGCAUGAAAAUCACAAGGUGAUUCCUCUGGAGGAGGCUUUCGAGAAAUACAAGGGACUGAUUUGCAGCCGCCUGGAGAUUCUGAUGAAAGAGAAAGAGAAAAUUAUGGCCUGUCAAGCAGACCUGGACAAGGAAAGCCAAGACCUUCUUAAAUUAACAGAAACCGGGAGGCAGAAGACAGUGGAGAAGUUCAGACAACUGCAGCAGUUUCUCAAAGAACAAGAAAAACACCAUCUGGAUCAUAUAGAAGAGGUGGAGAAGGAGAUUGCAAGGAAAAGGAAUGAGCAGCUGGCCAGGCUCUCCAGGGAACUCGCCCAUCUUGAAAAGGUGGUCCAGGAAAUGGAGAAGAAGCGUCUGCAGCCAGCAAACGAACUCCUGCAGGAUGUGAGAAGCACCUUGCAGAGGUAUGAGAAAAGAGAGACGUUGGUGAAUCCACUGGCUUUCCCUCCAGAGCUGAAGGGGAGAAUCUCAGAAUUCUGUGAUAUAAACCCCCUCCUGGAGGAUGUCAUGAAGCAAUUCAAAGAUGCUCUGUUACUCAGAGAACAGCUUCAAGAAGAGGUUCUGUCAUUCGGAAAACCUCAGAAAGCAAAUGUCACUCUGGAUCCUGACACAGCCUAUCUCAGGCUCAUCCUGUCCGAGGAUCGGAAAAGUGUGAGACUGGGAGACAAAAGGCAAUCCCUGCCCGACAAUCCUGAGAGAUUCAACAAUUGUACUUCUGUGUUGGGACUUGAGGGAUUCACAGCAGGCAGACAUUUCUGGGAGGUCACUGUGGGAAGCGAGGGAUGGUGGACUGUGGGGGUUGCCAGGAAGUCUGUGAAGAGAAGGAGCUUUCUUCCCUUCAGUCCUGAUGGAGGAAUCUGGGCUGUGGAGAAGUCUGAAAGCAAGUACUGGGCCUGCACCUCCCCUGAUGAUCCUCCUCUGUCCCUGAGUGGGGACCUCAAGAGGAUCCGAGUGACUCUGGACUAUGAAGGGGGACGUGUGUCAUUUUUUGACGCUGACUCAGGAGCCGAACUCUACACAUUCUCAGGAGCCUCGUUCUCUGGAGAGACCCUCCUCCCAUUCUUUUGUCUGGGUGGAGGUAAAACACAGCUCAGGAUCUCCUGAAGACACUAUAUUUGCCUCACAGGCCCAGCAGAAGUUUCUCUCCUGACCAGAAUGACUGAUAUAAAACCAGCAUUUCCCUCUCAAGAGCAUUUUUUUGUUUUGUUUUUUGUUUUUUAUUUAUUGGUUUUAAUUCAUUUUACAACAUCAUACGCUAAAACAGACAAAGAAAAACAAACAUAUAUAUCACAUAACACACAACACUAACAACACAAACUGACUUCCCUUCAUCUCGGUUUUGGAUUAUAUUAUAAAAUUUCCUAUCUGCAGUUUCUUUUCCUCAGAAAAUUCUUAACAUCACAAGUGUUAUAUCGCACCUACUGUAAUUUUUAGGUUUUUUACCUCUGUUUCCAUGUAUGCCAAAAAUUUAUUCCAUUCUUUAUUAAACUUUAUGUCUUUUUGAUUUCUUA